UUGUGUUGCUCGUAUCGAGAACUGACCCUAUACCGGGUGUGCAUUGCCCUGCAUACGUCAGCUCUGUUCCCUUGCACCUUGGCAUGAGGGGCUAGAAGUGUACAUUACUGACCUUCGCAAACCCAUGUUGUGCCGGCCUUUGCCACCGGCUGUGCAGCCGCUUCCAUCACAGCCGCAAGCGUUAUUUAACCGGGCCGCCUUGCCAUCGGCAAGCAGCAGGGGCUACCGGCAAUGCGGGACAGCACGAUCUCAUAACACUUUUACGCUUCAAUGCAUUCCAUCGCGGCCAAACGGCGUCGUUGCGGCUCGCAGCGGACCGGCUGUGCAAGCGUUGCAACCGGAUUCGGGAGCGGAGGCGCAGGUCGUCAAGUUAAAGCUAGCGGACAGCGAGAACGUAACGUCCUCAAGCCGGCUGUCUGUGGAAGAUGGCGAAAUACUGCAACCGGACCCGGAUGAUGUUGUACCUGAAGCGGGCUUCUUGAGCGAUGAGGCGUUGCGCAACUUGGAUGAGUACCGCCGCGUGGAGGCUACCAGCGCCGUUGUGUCCAGCAGCAGCGCGCACACGACCAACGGCUUCGCCUACUCGCCGGCGCAGCGCAACCAAAUUCGGGAAUCAUGGGUCGCGCUCAUGCGCUGGUCAAAAGUGUUCCGCACCAAGAGGCUCGCCGGUAGCCCGCUGGAGGCGGCCAAGAAAGUAGUUGUAUUUGGUGGUGGCUCGUUCGGAACGGCGAUGGGAUGCGCGCUGGCGCGGCAAAAGGCGGACCUGGAGGUGGUGUUGCUCGUCCGCGACCCGUACCUUUGUAAAGACAUCAACACGCUACAUGAAAACACGCGGUACCUGAAGGGCUUCAAAAUGCCCGCCAACGUCCGCGCCACCACGCUCGCCGCGGAAGCCAUCUCCGGCGCCCAAUACGCGCUGCACGCAGUCCCCGUCCAAUCCUCGCGCGCCUUCCUGCAAGGCAUAAAGGAGCACCUGCCCGCGCACGUGCCCAUCAUCUGCGUCAGCAAGGGCCUGGAAGUGGGUUCCAGCCAGAUGAUGUCCGAGCUCAUCCCCAGCGCACUGGGCCGCAAACAGCCCGCAGUGUUCCUCUCGGGUCCCUCCUUUGCGCGGGAGGUCAUGCAGAACCGACCCACGGGCGUGGUGGCGGCAAGCAAGGACGCCAAGCUGGCACGUACGGCACAAGCGCUGUUCGCGAGUCCAACCAUGCGGGUCAACACGACGGCGGAUGUGGUGGGGGUGGAGAUCUGCGGCGCGUUGAAGAACGUGCUGGCGAUUGCGGCGGGCAUCGUGGAGGGCAUGGAUCUGGGGCAUAAUGCACUGGCGGCGCUGGUGGCGCAGGGCGUGUCGGAGAUCAGGUGGCUGUCUGCCAAGAUGGGCGCCAAGCCCACCACCAUGUCGGGACUGUCGGGGCUGGGCGACAUCAUGCUCACGUGCUACGGGGACCUCUCGCGCAACCGCUCCGUGGGCAUCCGGCUGGGGCGCGGGGAGCGGCUGGAAGACAUCCUCGCGUCCAGCUCGCAGGUUGCUGAGGGCGUUGCAACGGCUGGCGUGGUGGUUGGGCUGGCUCGCAAGUACCGCGUGUCGCUACCCGUGCUGACGGCAGUUGCGCAAGUGCUUGAC